GUGACAUCAUUAUCAUCACAAGAAAUCCCGCCAUUUUUACAAACUAUUUUGAAGACUGGUCUUAAAACCAGUUGUAACGAGGAGAACGUUUCAUAUCACUUGCAUGAGUGCUGUUAAAAAAAAAAAUUGAAAAUGGAAAGAAAUCUUUGUCGGUACUUUAAUACAAUGACUGGAUGCAGAAAUGGUGACAGCUGUCCUUUCAUUCAUAGAAAGAGAAAAGCAGCAAAUGUAGCAAAUGUACCAAGAUGUAGAUACUACAGGGGACCUGGAACAUGCCGUUAUGGGGACAAGUGCUUUUUUCGUCAUGAUGAUACAGGGCACAAGAAUUCAGCUCGUGUAACAAAGAAGCAGCAGACAGAAUUGUCUGGUCCAUUACCUGGCGAUGUUGAUGGGGGUGACCAGGUCAAAAGGUCUGUUGUAUAUGGUCCACAAGAUUCCUCUGAGGAAGAUAAAGAAAAUACAGCUGCUGGUACUGUUGACAAGGGAGCAAGAGCAAAGAAAGGAAAGCAUCAUAGAAAGUCACCUAAAAGUAAAGAGAAAUAUCUAUCUGUUCAGAUAAACAAUCAAGUUAAAGAUGACAGUACUCCGAUCAAAUCAGCGAAACAGAAGGUUGAUAAAGUAGCUGGAGAUAGUAAUAAUAAUGCAAUUACUGGCUGUAGUGAUGAGGCUGAUGAGAGUACUGACCAUAAGACACUAACCUGUGGAGAAUGUGGAGUUGUGUUGGAAGAUGUGCCACUUGAAGACAAUGAGCAACUGGAUGAACUUGAGAAACAUUAUAAAGAAAAUAUACUGAAAAUGGAGAAACACCACAUAAAGUUCCUAGACAAAGAUCAACGUUUCAAGUUUCAAACUUCUUGUAGUGUUUGUGCAAAGGACUUUUCUAAGACACAUGGAUUAUUGAGGCACAUUACUGAUAAAGUUAAAUCAAAGAAAAAUGAUUGGAAAUCUCAUGAGGAAUUCUUAGAAGCAGUCCUAUCUGGAUUUUGGGAAAGAGACCUUGGUUUGACUGAUGAUAAAGAAUGUAUGGAUUGGUUAUUGUUACAUUUAGUAGAAUCUUAUGAAGGUGAAGAUACAGACAGUGAUGAUACUGAUGAGGAGGAUGGGAUGAAUGCUAUGUCUGGGUUGAUGGCUUUGAGUAAACAUCUUCACGGGGGACCACAUUUCUUGAAUGAUGAUGAAUCUUUAGACUCAGAUGAUGACUCUCCAGACUCAGAUAAUUAUGGUAACCCAUGGGGCAUGGAUGCUGAUGAUAUAAAUGAGCUGGCAUGUCAGGGAAUAAUGCCAUGGGACCCAGAGGCUGGUGCUGCUCUGGCAGUUUUGAAUGGAGAGGACGACUAUGAUUACUUUGGUUAAUAAGGAGAUAUUUUUGUGUUCUGUGAACAUUGAAUUAAAAUGAGGAUCCAAGUGUGAUCAAUUAAUGGUGCUACGAUGUCUAUUACAUUGUGUAACAUAAAGAUUAACCAUGAGUAGAAUAACAUAGCAUACCUACAAACCUGUUCAAGCUAAAAAGUUUGAAAUGAUGUAUGACAGCCUUGUUUCAUUGAUAAAAUAUGGUGAAAAAGAGUGAUCAUUCUGUCAAAAAUAAAAGAUUUUGACCUUGCAUGCUGUUGGCAGGUCAAAAGGGGAAGGUUCUAAUGUUUUUAAAGGAGAAAAAGGGAAUAUCACUUUAAGAACUGUUGUUUUUGCAGGUAUGACAUGCAUGGAUUAUUCUGUUUCACUUUAAUCAGCUUUCUGCUAGUGUCAGUGGAUUUAAUCAAUUAUGAGUCUUUUAGCUCACCAAGUACCAAAACAUGUGAGUUUUUUGCAUCUCUUGGUGUAAUUGAUUGAAAGAUCUGAUGGACAGUCACUCCAUAUAUUUUGACAAACCAUUGUACAUUGAAUAUUUAAAAUGUACAAUAUCAACUAUUAUGAAUUAGAAAAACAUUAUGAACAUUUUUUCUAAGCUUCUUUAUUCAGAAUUUAUUAUGUUUUAGUUGUAAACUUUAUAAUGUUGUAUAUUGUAUUAAACCAUGUAUAGAUCUGCCAGGAACUUACUCCUGUUUGAUGAUUUUUGUUAUUUUCAUUAUGUCCAAUUUCUAUUGAGUAUAGAAGUUUUGUCAAUAUAUUGCAUGUUUUGCUGGACAAUAGAUUUUUGAAUGUGAAGUCUAUAAAUAAACCAAUAUUUUGA